UUUUUCUUCUUCUUUCUUUCUUUUCUUUUCUUUUUGAGCUUUGGAUGCUGUGUUGCAUUUAUCACUUUCCCCGAUGCAUUUAUUCUGCUCGGGGGAGAGGGAGAGUUGAGUGCAGAAGCGAGAGGAGGGAGAUAGCUGUACUGGCCUCACAUGGUGAAAGCUGCAGGUGGUGGUGGCGGCCAUGGCCUGGACCCCGCGCCUUUCUUUCCCCUCCGCUUUUGAGCUCGCCUCCUGCUCCGAUCUGCCCGCGUGAGCUGUGACCCCGCGCUUUUCCCCCCCUCUCCCCCCCAGCUCAGCUCAAGAGGAUAGAGAUAGAGAGAGAGAGAGAGAGAGAGAGAGAGAGAGAGAGAGAGAGUUAUUGGGAAGCAAGAAGAAAUGUGGUGUUGAGAUUGAGAGAGUGUGUGUGUUCUUCACGGAGUUCUUGCGAUGCGAUGCGAGGCAUUCCCGUCUUCUCCGUGUAGUCGUUGAAUUCGAGGAGACCAGCAACCUGCAACUGGGCGAGCUGCUGAUCAAUGAAAAGCAGCAUACGGUGGUAAUUAAGAAAUCAGGGGUUUCAGCUCUGAUCUGUUGAACAGUUGAUGGUUAUGGAUCGAACGAGUUGGCUCUGGAGGCGCAAGCCGUCAGACAAGAGCCCCGGAGGCGCCGAGAACACCGUGUCUGUGUCGUCACAUUCUGAGCACUACUCUGAUGAUCAGGAGGUUCUGAGGCCUGUCUCAAACAAUGCUUCACCACAUCUUGGCCAAUCACCUGGAAUGCCUUCAAGGGUUAGGGAUGAUGGGACCCAAGAGAUUGGAGUCACAAAACCCUCGAAUGAGAAGUUAGCAUUGGGAUUUAAACUAAAUGAUUCUUCUCCACGGCAUGGUCAAUCAUCAGAGCCACAGUCAUCUUCAAAUGUCAGAGAUGAAGAUGUAAAGGAGAACUUGAAGAGUUUGAAUGAUAAACUUGCUGCUGCAUUUUUGACAAUUAAUGCUAAAGAGGAAUUGGUGAGGCAGCACGCUAAAGUCACAGAAGAGGCUGUUUUGGGUUGGGAACAAGCUGAAUCUGAAGUUGCUGCCCUAAAGAAGCUACUUGAAGCUUCAGCCCAGAAGAAUGGUUCCCUCGAGGUUCAAGUCAGCCACUUAGCUGAAAAAAAUGCUUCUCUCGAGGUUCAAGUCAGCCGCUUAGAUGAGGCUCUGAAGGAAUGUGUCAGGCAGCUGCACCUAGCACAGGAAGAUCAAGCGGAGAAAGUCCAUGAUGUAGUUACCAAGUCCCAGGAGUUGGAGUCUGAGAACUCAAAGCUCCAAAACCGCAUCACUGAACUGAAGAAGCAGCUGGAAACCACGAAACUAGAAGCCUCCAACAUGUCUAUAGAUCAUGAUCUGCAAGAGAAGUUUCAGGCAAUUAAGAAAGAGAACAUGGAUCUCAAGUCCAAGCUUCUUGUACAGUCCAAGGACCUGAAGAUACUAUCAUUGGAAAGAGACUUGAGCAAUCAAGCAGCGGAAACAGCAAGCAAGCAACAUUUGGAAAACGUGAAAAAAAUUGCAAGGCUUGAGGCAGAAUGCCGCAGAUUACAUCAUCUAACUCGCAAAGCAACAUUAAUUAAUGAUUCUAGGCCUCUGGCAAACAAUACUUGUGUGGAGUCACUUACUGAUAGCCAAUCUGACAGUGCUGAACGCAUGGCUGCUGUUGAUAAUGAACUGCGGAAUUCCGACUCAUGGGCAUCUGCUCUGGUAGCUGAGUUUGAUCAGUUCAAGAAUGGAAAUGCUGAUGAGAAAAAUCUUGUGAACAAUCCUGUUGUGAUUGAUCUAAUGGAUGAUUUCCUUGAGAUGGAGAGGUUAGCUGCAUUGCCUGAAUCAGAUCGCACAAGCUCUACCUUCGAUAUGGAAACAGAUUCUGAUAAAGCUGUGACCAGAAACAGCUCCUCUAAACUUGAAACUGAAGAGUUGAGGAAUCAGGUGGCUGAUUUGCAUGCACAGGUUGAGAAGAUUGAAAGUGAGAAAAAGGAGCUUGAGAUGGCACUAAUGGAGGCAAGAAAUCAACUUGACAUCUCCUGCAAUGCACUAGUGGCAGCAAAGAACAGGCUAGUUGAAAUGCAAAUGGAGUUGGACUUGGCAAAUGACUCCAAGCAUGAUGCUUUGAGGGAUUUUGAGGGAUUGAACUCAGAGAAGAAGGCUUUGGAGUUUCAACUGGAGUCUAAAUCUGUACGAGUGGAGGAGUUACUUCAGGUGGUGGCUUCAUUGGAAGAAAACACAGAUAAAAAGGAAUUGGAGUCACAAUUAGAACUGCUGUCUGCGGAAGCCAAAGAGCUUCGUCUGACUGUAACAUCAUUAUUAGAGAAGAUUGAAGCUGAAAGGUCUCUUUCUGUGCAGCAUCAAGCAGAAGCAGUGGCUGCAUGUAAUGCGAAAGAAUCGUUGGAGGAACAGCUAUAUUCAGCAAACACUGAAGUAGAGAGAUUGCAUGUCAUUGUCAAAGAACUGGAGGAUGAGGUAGAAAAAGAGAAGAUGAGGCAGGAAGAACUCGUGGCAGAAUUAGAAAUGAAGAUGGAAACAGCUGUCGAGGCUAUUAAAGAAUCAUUGGAGGCACAACUAUGUGCAGCAAACACUGAAGUAGAGAGACUGAAUAGCAUAGUUCAGGCACUAGAGAACGAUAUAGAAAAAGAGAAGGCGCUGCAUAAAGAACUGACAGCACAGUUAGAGGUGAAGUUUGAAGAAGAGAAAGCUCGUUCUGUUCAGACUGUUAAGGAAUCAAUGGAGGCACAGCUAUGCUCAUCAAACACCGAAGUACUAAAACUGCGUGACAUUGUUAAAGCACUAGAAAAUGAGGUAGAAAAGGAGAAGGCACUGCAUGAAGAUCUUUCAGCACAGUUGGAGGCGAAGAUCGAAGCAGAGAGAACUUUUUCUGUGGAGGCUAUUAAAGAAUCAUUUCAGUCAGAACUCCAGUCAGUGAACUCAGAAGUUGUGGAGCUGCGCGGUAUGGUGACUGCACUUGAGCAUGAGGUGGUAAAGGAGAAAACAUUUUCUGCAGAGCUCCAAAUGCAGCUAGAAGCUCUGGAGGCAAUAAAAAGGGUGUUGGAGUCUGAGAUUGAGUCUGCACAUCAGGAUAACAGAAAGCUCAAUGAUAAGGUGAAGUCUUUUGAAGCAAAACUGAAAAAACAGGUGUCUUCAGCGGUGGACUUCACAGCCAAGGAAGAAGCCAUGCAGUCAGAGAGAAGGGCCAUGAAGCAACAACUUGAAGCAGCAAAGAUGGAAGUUGGAAAGCUGACAAACAAGGUGAGCUUGCUCCAAGGGGAGGUGUUACAGGAGAGAUUGUUAUCAGAAGAGUUCGAACAAGAAUACCACAAGCUGGAGGCUCGGCUGUCAAGGGAUAGCCGGGACGCGAAGCUCUGGCGACUCGCAAAUUCAAAUGGGGGUCUGAAGGCCAAGCAGGAGAAGGAACUUGCAAAUGCUGCUGGGAAGCUCGCAGAAUGCCAGAAGACCAUAGCUUCUCUCGGCCGUCAGUUGAAAUCAUUGACCGACAUCGACAAUACGAUUGUGGAGCCUGAGAGACUGGAACCCAGAGAAAUCAGAGAAAUGCCGCUCGAUUUUAGAAAUAGUGAUGCUGACUUUGCAGUAUUUGCAGAUGAGUUAUAUGAUUUUGAUCUUCCAAAGGUCAACAGCAGCUGCUUUUCGCCGUUACCGUCGAUCCAGCCCUCUUCGCCACCUUCAGAAAUGUCAGUAUUUGCAGGGGGCCUGUCUUCACUUAGUAGUUUCAGAAGCAAAAGAAGAAAGUAAAGAGCUGGUGAAAACAAACUGUCCAGAUGCUACUAACAGUUCAUGGAUGCUCUCAUCUGUAGGUAGAUCAGUGUACAUUUACAGAAACUGAUUGUAGAUUCUGUGUGCUGAAUUCCGUUCCAGCAAGCUCAGUUUUUUUUUCACAGCCUUCUUGAUGAGAUUUUUACUGUAUCAGUGUUGGCUGUUUUGGUGCCAGAAAAAAUGGGAAGAAAAAUGUAAACUCAGUAUCAGUGUGAGACUGCAGAAGUGCAGAUACAUUGUGGUGUAUUUGUGUUGUGCGGCUUAUACUUGCUGUGUGAAUUGUGAUCUCCAUAUUACCAAUCA